UUGACCGGCAACGAGCCCAGAGGAAAUCGGGAUCACAGCCAAGACGCAUAGCAAUUAUAGAAUUGGAUCGGAUUGGUUUGGAUCGCCUGAGGAGCCUUAUGCCGUUGCUGCAUCUUCGUAUCGUUUAGUUUUAUUUUAGCUUAGCAUCGGAAGGCAUCCGGGUGUGUUGCAUUCUCCGUUGAGGACCAGCUCCUCGCGAAAACGUCAGAGGAACAACACGGGUGUCAAUUUCCGUAAACGCUAAGAGAUUAGAAAGCAGGCACCACAAUGGACGCGAUCAAGAAGAAGAUUGCGGCGCUGAAGCUGGAGAUGGAGGCUGCUAGUGAAAAGGUGGAAACUAACGAGAACAAGGCAAAGGCGGAAAAUCUACGUGCCGAAAAAACAAACGAUGAGGUCCGAGACCUGGGCAAGCGUCUUGCACAGCUAGAGCGCGAUUACACUAUCAGCAAAGCCAACCUCGAGCAAUCUACCAAGGCUCUGGAGCAGUGCGAAAAAUCAUUUUCGAAGGCGGAGCAGGACCUGUCCGGAUUGACGAGAAGGGUCCAGCAAAUUGAACAGGAUCUUCACAAAAGAGAGGAAACGCGUUUGACAGCCCAGACGAAACUGACGCGAGCAUCCGAAUUAGCGGAUGAUGCCAAACGUAUGUGCAAAGUAUUGGAGGACAGGAGUCGGCUGGACGAAGAGCGCAUGGAGAAGUUGACGGCAGAGUUAAAAGAUGCGCGACUACUGGCUGAAGAUGCGGACCAAAAAUCCGACGAGAUUUCAAAGAAACUGCAGUUUGUUGAGGAAGAAUUGGAAGCCGCCGAAGAGAGAGUGAAGACUAGUGAAGCAAAAAUUGUAGAGAGAGAAGACGAGCUGUUCAUUGUACAAAACAUAGUAAAGUCACUCGAGGUCUCCGAGGAGAAGGCAAAUCAAAGAGUGGAGGAGUUGAAAAUACAGUUGAAGCAACUGAAGGCAAAGUUUAAGGGAACUGAAAAGCGAGCGAUCGGCGCAGAACGUACCGUAAAAAUGCUGUUGAAGGAUGUUGAAAUGAAAGAAGACGAACUGAGAGGAGAGAAGGAAAAGUUCAAAGCCAUCUGUGACGACUUAGACUCAACUUUCGCCGAGAUGACAGGAUAUUAAUCUUUUCUCUCUAUAUAUCACGUUUAUUGUUAUUUUCUAUGAUGCAACACGCAACGCAAUGCUUACGCCUGCUUAAACACAGCCUGUAUUUUUUUUAUCGCUUGACGAUUUCGCUAUCAUUGGCUUCACUGCAGAAUAUCACCUACAUCGGGCUUUCAGCUUUAAAAAUAACCAACAGCUAUGCUUUAUUUAGUAGUUAAUUCAUUCAUGAAGAAUGCAACUACUAUGCUUACUGCUGUGCGCUUGAUUACUUAAUGUCAACGUUAAUGUCAAGCUAUUUUCAUUAAGAAAAGGUGUUACUCAACCGAAUAGCGAUACUCCACGAUUUCGUUUAUUUUUCAGCAAUACGAUCCCUUGGCUACACGAAAAAAACCUCAACAUCUUCAAAUU